UGAUUCUGACAUUGAGAACCUUCAGAACAUUUCAGGAAAAUGUUCAGACUUUUAGUUUAUGUCUAAAAUUUCUCAUCUUUUUUCUCUUUGUCUCUUCUCAGGCAAAGUGGGUGAGCCGGUCUACUCUCCUGGUCACAGCGGCUCUCAGACAACGUCGCCCGUCGCCCUGCCACCGCUUCGAAACAACAACCACCACCUCCUGACGGGAGGCUCUAAAGCCGUCAUGGCGGACACUGUCCAGCUAUCGUCACAGUCACAGGUCCACAUCACCCAGCUGUACGAGGAAAACACCAACAAGCGUCCAGUCCUGACCUCCCAGCCCAAUGGCCUGGCUCCACUCAGCUCCACCCGACCGGGCCUGCCGCUGCCUGACCGGCAGACGUCGUCUUCAGAGCCCGGCCACCACUGCCGCCAGGGCAGUGCCACCUCCAACAAGUCGACAGACAGCAAACCAAAGUCCAACCCCCUGUCCCCGGAGCAGGCCAUGAAGCAGUUCAUGUCCAAAAUGUCCUCGUUUGAACACCACGAGGUCUUCGGGUACUCUGAGGUGUAUUUUGUUGGUCCGAAUUCUAAGAAGAGGUCAGGGGUCAUGGGCGGAGCCAACAACAGCGGCUACGACGAUGAUCAGGGAUCCUACAUCCACAUCCCACAUGACCACAUCGCCUACCGCUAUGAAGUCCUUAAGGUCAUCGGCAAGGGCAGCUUUGGACAGGUGGUGAAGGCGUUCGAUCACAAGUCGCAGACUCACGUGGCUCUGAAGAUGGUCCGCAACGAGAAACGCUUCCACCGGCAGGCGGCGGAGGAGAUCCGCAUCCUGGAGCACCUGAGGAAGCAGGACAAGGACUUAAGCAUGAACGUCAUCCACAUGCUAGAACACUUCACCUUCCGAAACCAUAUUUGCAUGACCUUUGAGCUGCUCAGCAUGAACCUGUACGAGCUCAUCAAGAAGAACAAGUUCCAGGGCUUCAGCCUCCCGCUGGUCAGGAAGUUUGCCCACUCCAUCCUGCAGUGUCUGGAAUCACUUCACAACAACCGCAUCAUCCACUGCGACCUCAAACCUGAGAACAUUUUACUCAAACAACAGGGACGCAGCGGCAUCAAGGUCAUCGAUUUUGGUUCCAGCUGUUAUGAGCAUCAAAGAGUUUACACGUACAUCCAGUCCCGGUUUUACCGAGCUCCAGAGGUCAUCCUCGGCUCCAGGUAUGGGAUGCCUAUCGACAUGUGGUCCCUGGGCUGCAUUCUGGCUGAGCUGCUGACUGGGUACCCGCUGUUACCGGGUGAAGAUGAAGCCGACCAGCUGGCUUGCAGUAUCGAACUCCUAGGCAUGCCCAGCCAGAAGCUCCUUGACGGCUCCAAACGAGCAAAGAACUUUGUCUCGUCCAAAGGGUACCCGCGGUACUGCACCGUAACCACGCUACCCGACAGCAGCACUGUGCUGAACGGUGGACGAUCACGGCGGGGGAAGGUACGCGGGCCACCGGGCAGCAAAGACUGGAGUGCAGCACUAAAAGGCUGCGACGACGCACUGUUCUUGGACUUCCUUAAACAGUGCCUGGAGUGGGACCCAGCACUCAGGAUGACGCCCAGCCGUGCUCUGCGCCACCCAUGGCUGAGGAGGCGACUUCCCAAGCCACCAGCAGGAACCACCACCACAGGGGAGAAGACCUCGUCAUCUAAACGGGCCUCCACCACCUCCGACAGCGGCAUCAGCUCCAUCUCCAAGCUCACCACCAUCUCCUCAACCACGACAUCCUCCUCCUCCAAAACCAGGACUAACUUGGCCGCAAUCACCGAUGCCAAUGGAAACAUCCAGCCUAGGACGGUCCUACCCAAACUGGUCAGCUGAGAGUGAAUGCACCCCACUCGCUGUCAUGGCAAGUGAAAGCUGUGCUCCCCAAUUAGCUGCGAGUAACCAGCUGGACCUGAAUAAAACUGGUUUGUCCAGUUUUGAAGAGCGUUUGGUUUUUUGAAACUGGCUUUCACAGCGUUGUUGGGGUGCAUGCAGAACAAAUGCAGUCAUGGAGGCUGUGCACUGGGUUGUUAAAAUGUGCAGAAUUGCUUGGCUGGGACGUAAACUAAGCUGAAGGAAACUUGAUUGAUGAACUGGGGUGCAUUGUCAGUCUUGACAAUUUGUUGUUUUAUGUUGUGAGCAGCAAGACGUGUUUGAAAUGAUUGUGAGGCUGCUACGACAAUCAAAACACACAACAUCGCUCUGUAGCUGCGAACACACAAACACUCAAACAUGGUGCUGAUGGAGGGAACAAGGCUUUUUGUUUUUAGUACAUAAUCUAUUUAGCUGAGCUAACACUUGAUUCACGGAGUAGACACCAAAAACAACUCUUAUUGAUUUUAGUCUUACAAGGUUAUAUCUGUUCAACAAUAACAGGGACUCAUAGAAAAUAUCUAUGUAGUUAACUGACUAAAUAAUGCAGAUAUAUCCUUAUAAUACUAAAGCCACAGCAGUGAUUAGCUGGCUAGUCUUUGUUUCAUAUCUCUAGAAAUAAUGUUACAUUAGAGUUUGGGGAACACGAGUGGGCUAAUGUCAAUAUUCACAUAAAUGACUCGAAAUUCAUCGAAGUAAAAAAAAAUAUCCUAAUGACCCAGAUGGAACCAUCAUCUACCUGUUAGCUGGCUAACUUUCCUAGCUAGCUGUUUUACAGUGUUGCUAGCUUCGUGCCUCUCAGCUAGCUAACUGCUAACUGGCACUGGUCAGUUGGUAGACAGCUACUUGUUUGUGUCUAGCUGUUAUAUUGCUACCUGUUUAGACCUAACUGGCUAGCAGUUAGCCUAGCUUUAGCUGGCUCACUAUUAGCCUUUUUUGGCAGUCAGAUGGCUAGCCUUAGCCUCCUUUAGCCAUAGCCUGUUAGCUCUCCACUGCCCAGCCUUACGAAGCACAGAUAGAAUGACUUAACAUUUUUAACGCCUCAGAUUUAUAUGAUUUUAAAGUAUUUUUAAGUUUGGUGAAGGUUAGCAGAGAGAGCGAAGAGGUGACGAGCGAGAAAAAGGAAAGGAGAAGGUGUGUGAUUAUUAAUGACACCAAAUGGUUGUUAAAGGAGGAGAAAGAAGAAAGUGGACUGAAGGUGGUUUUAUAGACAAGUUUCAACAAAGGGCUCCGAUAUGUGUUAGAAACCAAAGUCUUGUUUAUAGUCGUGAAGCCUUCACUCCGUAUUGUUUAUAUUUGAUCCGCCAAUAUUGAAAGACCAGAUAAAAAAAGCUGUCAGCUCAUCUGGAUAUAAAAGUCUGUUAGUUACAGAUAACCAACGUUAAUCAAAGACCUUCAGCCACACAGGGAUCACAUGAGACCAAAUUCUCUCCCUUAAUGUCACAGCACAGAGCAGGAUGUGUUCGGACUGUUACGUUUUGAGGGACGGCCCGAGAGAGCGGAGAGGAUCGAACGUUUCUUCCCUCCGGCUGUUUGGAAAACAAAGCAGCUCUCAGGAUUUCACAGCUUUAAACCCCAGAUUAAAACGAGAUCCUGCGUGACGUCCCGAAUCAUAAAUAUGUUUUAAGAAGCAUGUUUUUGUAACUGGAGCUUGGCAGCAGCGAGACCCUCACAUCGGCCCUGUGCAGAGAAACGUGAGUCUCGAGUCAUAUUUUAGGACUACAGACUGUAACUGUUACUCUGAAGCUGUCAGAUAUGCAGACAGAGAUUUAUCUGGUUCAGCGUGGAUGUGUGAACGAUGCAGCAGAGAACCACGACUCUAAUUUCUACCCCGAUCAAGUGCUUCAAUAAGACGAAUACAUUUUAACCAAGGAAUUCAAAGAAGCAGAAUCACGUUUUUCAACUUGACAACCAACAUGUCGUUAGCAUGUGACGGUGCUGGAUGAUGCAAAGCUCCAGUUUUAAUUCAGGGUUUCCUUCAGAGUAACAAUUAAAGUACGUCUGAGAGUAUGAAUGACUCUCAACAGUAUUUAGUGAAGAUAACAAUUUAAAAGGGUCCAGUUACACCACUAAAGUUUUUCUGAGCUGAUCAGAAGCAAAUAGUCCUGUUUGUCUGUCAUUAAGGCUACGUCCACACUGCUAUGUUUUAGUUUUAAAACGUAUCACUGUUGCUAUGGUUACACCUGCCGUCCACACUACUCCGGAGUUUCAAGCCUCCAAAUCAAAGACUUUUAUAAACACUGCUGGCCUUGUUAUAUUUUGAAAACUCCAGGGUUGCGUUUCAGUCUGGACUAUGUUUAAAAAUGUUCUCUUCCUGAUUGGAUCAGUCACAUGACUCGACUACCAGCGGUGAAUUCAAAGCGUCGCUAACACGCUUGUCAGUAACAGUUCCACCUCGUCAUCCCUCCUCUUACUUUUCUCCGUGGCUUUCCUUCGUUUCGAUGUAUUUUCUGUAACUAAACGACCAACUGCAGAGAAGACAAUCUACUUCCUGUUUACACCACAUGACCAGUGUGCGUGAAUGGUCAUGUGCUUAUGUGUUAGUCAGAGUAUUCUGAGAGUAAGUGGAGCUAAAACACUCGUGUGGAUUGAGGUCAUUUUUGUUUUGGACGUAUUAGUAUGGAUGUAGUCUACGCAGUCAAAAUACUUGAUUCCAGAGUGAGACUGGCUCAAAUUUUCGUAAUAACCAUGAUUAUAAGACGUGUUUACACUGAACACAGAUAAUUCUCUGUAAACUCUCAACUUUAGCAACUUUCACUGCUACAAACAACCGAUCACGUGACUGGACCCAGAUUCUCUCAAACAAUAAACGUUUAUUCAACAGAAGGAUUCUUGUAUAAAGUGAAGUUACAGAACAUGAAUCAUGAACGACCUGAUCCAAAACAGAAAAAUGACCAGUUCCAGUAAUGUGUCGACUCUGAUCAAACUGAUUGAUUGAUCAGAGGUCAGUAUUAGUUAAAGGAUCAAUCAGUGUGAUUGGGCGGGGGGGAUGUUUCUUAUUUAUUUACUCCACUUUUAUUGAUAUUUAUUACUCUAAUCUACAUAUUUACUAUGAUGUGCAGUUCAUACCGUAUACUUGAAUGUGUGUGUGUGUCAGAUGUAUGUAGCAGUGUGUGUGUGUGUGUGUGCGAUGUCGAUGUUAGGACAGGUCCUCUGAAAAGCUUGUUCCCUCACACAAACACACAUUUAUCGAUAUAAAAAUCUUAACACACUCUGAGAAGUGGAUCACGCCAGGACGAAGAUGAAGAGGAGGAGGAGGAAGAAGAUCCCAGGGCUGGUCAUGUGAUGACGUCAGCCUGACAAAUGUGUUUUACCGAGCACACGAGAAGAAGAGGACGACGACAAUGAUGUGACGCACAUAAGGAGGUUCUCACGUAAAACACAGACUACCAGCUCCGCCCACCUCAGGGGAAACUCUGCCCCCUCUGGACGGAGGAGGACGCGUGGGCCGGCCCUCUGUGAUGUUUGUUUUCUAAAGAUUUGAUUGAUUGGUUUGUUGAGUAUGUUUUUUAAGUUUUUUAUGUUUUUUAGUGAGAAGGAGCGCUGAGAGUCGUAACUUUGUGCCUUCAGCAUCUCAUCGCCAUGCUGCGCCCGCCCAACACACACACACACAUUUAUAGUGGUGAUGUCAUAGCAACAAUCACUAGUACUGGUGCAACUUACGAUUUUACCCUCACGGCUCAAGUUACCACAGAAAUUUCCACCAAUCAGAUGCAGAAGGUUGAUUCAAAUCCUCUGAUGGAGAAUCCUCGUUAACAUCAACAUGAAGUAAUUACUCCUGCAUCUCUCAACGUUCUCUAUUUGAUUCUAAGUUUUGUCCACGAAAAAGUCAAAAAACUUUGAGGAACAAUUCCUCACAGCACGUGUCUGGUUUUUCUAACUGUUUUUUAAAGCUUUUUAAUUUAGCAUCUUGAGUCUGCUAAUCUCAAAAUUCCUGAAUUUUAUAAUCUCAGAACAGAGUGAAGAAUUUUGACUGAAUUCUCUCAAAUCAUCGGACACAAAGUCACAAGUUGGAUUUUAUCAAGUAAUACAUUUUUUAAUCGAUUCUGAAUAUUUUAUACUCACAUGUGUGUAUUUGUAUUUUUCCAAAGUAGAAAUUCACCUUUCAGAGGAGAUGGGCUGAAGUUUCUGUGGGCGGAGCCAGUUCACAGGCCAACGCACUGACCACAGACUGUAGCUUUAAACUGACAGACAUCUUCCUGUGUGUGUGCGCGUGUGUGUGUGUUGGGGUGAGUUGUGCAACAUGGCUGCACAAUGUACAGACACAUAUCAGCCAACUGUCGCCUCGGUUGAGACGGGCGACGCCUGCUGACGACAGGGCUAAGCUAACACUAGCCGAUCGACUGCUAGCGUCCAGCCGCUAGCUGCUGCACUGACGUUUAUUUUCUCUACAGUGAAGCUAACACUAGCCUACAGCUAACUGGCUGCUAGUAGCACAUAGCACGUGUUUACCUGCUAGCUACAGUCAGGUUGAGCUCCUCACAGUUGUGCUCAUGCAAACUGUUAGCGUUAGCAUUAAUGUGGUUUUAAAGCGUUCUUUUUCCAUGUUGGUACCUCAGAUUACUCAGUUAUCAUUAUUAAUAUUAUCAUGAUUAGUGUUGUCAUUGUUGUGACUAACACCCAGGGCAUUUGGUUGAAUCUACCAAAGUGCAUUCCUUUACAAAGCUAGCUAAAGCUAGCUGCAGACAGACUGACAGACGAGUAGAUGGAAAGUCCAACAGAAAUGUCGUGAAUACGGAGGGAAUCAGAGGAGAAGCAGGAGGAACUCACCGUGGACGCCACGUUUUUUACAAAGAGCUGAUGAAAUGACCGCGGUCGUCCGGUUUACCGCUGACCUCCUGGUAGCAUGUGUGAAAGCUCGUUAGCCAUUUAGCUUCUAUUGGGAGAUCUCUACAGCCAGAGGUUAGCCACUGUUAGCGUGAAGCUACACUAAGUUUCUGUGACGUUUGACGGCUGCGUGUUAUUGUGGAUUUUAUCUGUAAAUAAUGUUGAAAAAAGUUUGAAUAACACAUGUGUGGGGUUGAAUGCUGCUGUGCCACCGCGGCCAGUUUUACAAUGUACUGUAUCUACUGUACAGAACACAGACGUCGACACUUUUCUAGUGAGCCUUUGUUAAAUUUUAUUGUGGUGAAAAAAUCUUAUUAUUAUUAAUAAAACAGUUUUAUUGUUGA